GGGUGUGUGAUUUUGUUAUCCACUUUUGAAUUUUAUCAGUUUGGCCUUUUUAACUUUACCUUUUAAGUUGCCUGCCUGAAGCUCCUGAUUGAUUUUCAAGGACCACACAUAGACGGAAAGUGAGUAGAUCUUAUGUCAGUAGGGAUUUACACUGAGACAUUAUGCUCAAGCACAUUUUUUUCUCCAUUACAAAGUAUCCUCUAAUGCCAUUGAAGCAUAGUGCUCCUUUUAGAAACCUAAAAAACUGACAACAAAGUUAAUGUGGUUUUGGCACAAAAGCAUUCGCUUGUAAUUGUCCAGUUAAGCACCCUCCCACGGUGAGGAAAAACAGAGGCGCUUCUCCCAAAACGCGCAAUUCUUUCCCGCACAGUUGCGUAAAAUGGUGCAAAUGUACAGUUUGUUAUGCGUUUUCUGUGGAGCGCACGGUUUUUCUUGCAAUGAUGCGUCAUGCGCGCUUCACAGGCUCGUGUUUAGGUAUGUUUGGUCAGUGCAUGGGAGAGCUGUGUGUGGCGCAGAGGAGGCAGGAGAUGACUGCUGCCCCCCUCACUUUUCCACUGAGCCCUCAGGAGAGUGGAGGGAGAAGGAUUUCAUGGGGUCUGUACGGCUGCACAGUGAGCGGUUUUCUCUGAUAAAACAUCUCAGCGGUGAUUUGGAAACGAAAUUGCAGACACGCAGUCACACCAUGCAGACGUAGACCAUUCAGAUAUAUUUUUUAAUGUAAAACUCUUUCGUGAGUUGCAGUUACAAGUGAUCUGAAGCCUGCUAUGGAGGACCUCUUGAGUCAAAAUGAGUCUGAGCACUGACAAUGUCACAAACUUGUGGAAAAAUGGUUCCUCGGAACUCGGCGGGACUCCGGGCGCGUCCUACCCGGUCAACUUCACCAACAGCUCCGGGGGGAACCACACGGGGGUGGACCUCACCAGAGCCAUCCCGCUCGGCUUGGUGCUGGGGGCUUUCAUCGUGUUCGCAAUCGCGGGCAACAUCCUCGUCAUCCUCUCGGUGAUGUGCAACAGGCACCUGCGGACACCGACGAACUACUUCAUUAUCAACCUGGCCAUCGCCGACCUGCUGCUGGGCACCACGGUGCUGCCGGUGUCGGCCACUCUGGAGAUCUUAGACUACUGGGUGUUCGGCAGGAUCUUCUGUGACAUUUGGGCGGCGGUGGAUGUGCUGUGCUGCACCGCGUCCAUCAUGAGCCUGUGCGUAAUAUCCAUCGACCGCUACAUCGGAGUGAGCCACCCGCUGCAGUACCCGGGCAUCGUCACGGAGAAGCGGGCUCUGCUGGCCAUGCUCGGGGUGUGGGUGCUGUCGGUGGUCAUCUCCAUCGGACCUUUGCUCGGGUGGAAGCAGCCGCCGUCGCCGGACGACACGGAGUGCCCCAUCACCGAGGAGCCAUUUUACGCGCUCUUCUCCUCCCUCGGCUCGUUCUACAUCCCUCUCAUCGUUAUUCUGGCCAUGUACUGCCGGGUGUAUAUAGUCGCCAAACGGACCACUAAGAACCUGGAAGCCGGUGUGAUGCGCGAGAGGAUGAACUCCGGUGAGCUGACACUCAGGAUCCACAAGGGCUCUCAGGUGCACGAGGAGCCAGGUAGUUCAGGCACCGGCAAGGGCCGCGCGCACCAAGCGAGGAGUUCCCUCACGGUGAAACUUCUGAAAUUCUCCCGGGAGAAGAAAGCGGCAAAAACUUUGGGAGUUGUGGUCGGCAUGUUUACGCUUUGUUGGCUGCCCUUCUUCCUCGCCUUACCCAUAGGGUCUUUUAAUGUGAACUUGCGUCCACCUGAUGUCCUCUUCAAAGUGAUCUUCUGGCUGGGCUACUUCAACAGCUGCCUAAACCCCAUCAUCUACCCCUGCUACAACCGAGAGUUCAAGCUGGCCUUCAUCCGCAUUCUACGAUGCCAGUGGUCCCAGCGCAAACGUCCCGGCUGGAGGGCCUACAAUUACCGCUCCUCCAACUUCAGCUCCUCCGGACACUCACGCAAAAGCUCAACGGAUCACAACUCCAGCUGCUUGAAUGGCAGCCAGCGCACUCUGCCCUCCUCAGCCAGUCCGAGCCCAAGCUAUCUGAGCCAGGGUCUCCCACCUUGUCCUGAAGGGGAAACAUUAUACAUCUGGGGGGCCAGCACCCCAACUCCCUCCACACCCAAUCUGCUGCCUGGCAGCCCUGCAGACUGCCAGGCGGGAGCUCUAAGAGGGGAAGGAAGAGGAGGGAAACCAGCUGAGGAGACUACUGGUGGCAUUUUCUCUUUCUCCUUUGGGAAGAAUAAAGACAAGGGAGGGAUCAACAAGGACAGCACGGUGCCUGAUGACAAGGUGUGACCUCUGAGUCUCACUGAGAUGUGACUCGUUCAUUCCUUACAGGGAUUUAAGUCACAAACAGAGCGUGGAUGUAGGAUUUCACAGGUUUGCUGCAUUCACUGUACAUGGUCCCAUGAUCAUUCAUCAGUCAGUGCAUUGUCGUUGUCAUUAGUGGUCAGUGUAAGGUGAAGGUAACUGAGUAUUGACUAUGCUGCUGUAUCAGAGGUAUUUUGUCCUAUGUUACUGUAUCUGUGGUUGACAUAGAAGGGGAAUUUCCUUUAAUGGACAGUUAGGGGUGCAAGACAGUUCAUCAAAAUCACUGUUCCCUGCCCUCUCUGGGACCAGAAAGACACCACUGCAUGCAUCCUGAUCAAACAUUAAAAUACAUUGGAGGGGAAAGGACACAUUUUCAGAAACCCAACACAGCCUUCCAUUCAGUCCAUAUCUGCCCUGUAAAAAGACUCGUGUAAAAUGUGUGAUAAGACAAAUGAUCACCUUGCUGUUGCAGUCACUUGAUAUCUUCAUGGUAUGUUGUGGAAAUAAAGUAUAACCUGGUUUAUCUGCUGUGCGCACAAA